CUUAGAUACGUUGGAUUUGAAACAUAGCAUACUACGACCCUUUUCUGGGUAUGUACAGAGUCCAGACUCGGCCGCGUAUUACGGCCGUUCCGUUCUCAAGCGCUACACUUGCUCUUCACCUGACCACUCGAGGUGUGCUAAGUUCUGCCCGCAAAUCCAACAACAGACACUUUGAAAGAAAUGCAGAGACAAAGCAACAGCUAUGGUCAAUUAAUGCCUGACCAGGUAGACCGCAUCUCCAAUCUUUUUGACGCCCACCUUGAUCUAUUAGCCGAUGCCCGCGAACUGUACCGCGAUAGAGCAGUGCUGGAACGCGAGUAUGGACUAAAGUUGAAGCAAUUGGCGAAGAAGGCAAGUGAAAAGAAGAACAAGAAUGCACUGUUACUGGUCGUCGGAGACAAUCCCACCAAGGCUUGCUCGGAAAGUAUGAAUCAACAGAACACCCUCAAUCAUGCAUACUCCGAGAUCUUGUCAUCGAUUUCAACUUCUGCUCAGGACCAUAUCAACUUAGCGGAGGCAUUGACAUCUCAAGUUAUGGAACCUCUAAAAGCUGUUGAGCGUCGCAACGAUGAUUACAAGAAAAAGCAAAUGCAGAUCUAUCACAAGAUUCUGGCUGGACGCGAUAAGAUCUAUGCUGAACGCAUCAAGGCAAGAGCAAGCAAAAAUAUGACGUCGACUGCGCCGAGGUUGAAGUUUAUCUCUGUUCACGAUCGACACGCGGAGCGCUCAGCAAGACAGUAUGAUCAGCAGAGGCUUGACAUGCUCAAUAGCAAGAAUGUCUAUAUCAUCUCAACUGCAACUGCCAACAGCGUGAAAACAAAGUUCUAUACCGAGGACCUGCCAAGUCUUGAGGAUUCUUUCCAGGAGUUACAGACUCGGCUAGUGACGGAUUUUGUUGCCGUUGUGACAGAGGCCCACAAUAUCCAAUUGUCACACGAAGAUAUUCUGAAGGACCGUCUUGCAACCGUUAGCGCCGCUUUGAUCGAAGUCCAACCCGAUAAGGACCAAGCGCUUUUCAUAGAAUCCAACAUCCGUCCAUUCAGCGUACCCGACGACUGGGUAUUUGAAUCAUGUUCGAACCAUUACGAUACGGGAGAUAUGUGCAUUGAUUCGGCUCCCAAGGUGGUCCUACAAAAUAAACUCGCCCGCUCGCGCGCCAAAUUGAGAGAACUGAAACCUGCGCUCGAAAAAAAACGGACCGACGCCGAGAAUUAUCGUGGCCUGCUUACAGAUUACGCCGCCGAUAAUACACCUGGAGAUGUGGGUGAUGCCAUGAACAGAUACCUUGAUACUGCCCACGAGGUCACUGACCUUUCUACCUCAGCGUGUGUCCUAAACUCAGAAAUAAAUAUAAUCGCGGAUGUCCUUGGGGGUGACGAGGGAGGUUCAAGCCCCCACGUUUUCAAGAGCUCGGCCUUUUCGAUACCCACAACAUGCGGGUAUUGUAAGGUAUCGAUCUGGGGCCUAAGUAAGCAGGGAAAGACAUGUAAAAGUUGUGGCUUAUCAGUGCACUCUAAAUGCGAGUUAAAUGUACCCGCGGAGUGCAGUAAUAUUCACGGUGAUUACAGAACCUCGGAAAUUCUGCAGUCUCCCUCUUCUGUCGUUUCUAUAUCGGAAAGUAGAUCACCAGUAUCCGCCGGCUCCAAAGAAACACCACUCCCAUCUUCUUCUGUGCCACCCAAUGCAUCACCACAUGUGGAAGAAAGCGAUCGAUUGGCUCGUGUUAUCUUCGAUUUCGCGGCGUCCUCGUCCUUCGAAUUGAAUGUGACAGAGGGCGCUAUUGUGCGUGUGCUAGAGGAAGACGAUGGUUCCGGAUGGGUGAAGGUGGCUGGCUCCAAUGGUGAGAAAGGGCUGGUCCCUGCAACCUAUCUGGAAGAUGCAGGCGGACGGCCAUUUGAAAACUCUGAACUCUCUCAACAAAGUUCUCAGCAAGCGUCAGGCAUAUACGUACGGGCUCUCUAUGACUAUCAAGCUCAAGAACCGGAAGAGCUUACGAUAAAUGAGGGGGACUUUGUUGAGCUAUCUUCUGGGACAAAGGGAGGUCAAAAUUAUGCGGACGGCUGGUGGGAAGGGUUUUCCAGAGACGGGAAGAAGGGGAUAUUUCCCAGUAAUUAUGUGGAUUUAGCUUGAUUAUUUCGCAACGGUGCCAUCGCUGCCGUCAGUUGACAAUACAUCAAUCACGAUUUCGAAAACCCUGGGUACAUACAUACCACAUGAUAACCACCGAUUUCUAUCUCCGUAUUUCAGAACCAGCUGCACUACCUCCUUCAUUUAAGGCCCAUCAGAUAUUGUAUCUCGCUAUUCUAGUAGAGGGUUCGCGCCUGAUCGCCACCGCCUGCUCGGAGUUCAUUGUUUCGUAGUUUUCCAGGUGGCAGACUAAUGAUGGAGGAGUUUCAAAGUACCCAGUGGGGAUGAUUUCUGAAAGAACGGCUAUGUACCUUCAACGAUUUGGGUUUACAUAUGAGC